AAUGAUAGGUACUCUUAGAGCGAAGGACACACGCCGGCGUAGACCGCAGCGUCCGAGCUCGAUCCUGCGAAUAUCCACGUACAAUAUCGCCUUGAGCACUGUCAUCUCUGUGCUAACAGCUCCUAUAGUAACAUUGUCCACGCAUCACUGUAUCGCUGUAUGAGCACGCCAUAUACCGCCCUGCCGUUAUCGCCUCUGAGCAUGCAGUGGACAGGCGCUGCCAUUUCACGUGCUCGCGACACCGGCGUGCUGAGCCUGCGGACCAAGCACACCACUACUAGCCC